AUGGAUUAUAAUUGGGAUACAAAGUUGGUGAUUAUAAGAAUAGACCAUUCUUGGGUUUUGAAGUUUAUGGCUCGUGCAACAAUAUUAGCAUUGGUAAUUGUUUCUUUACCUUGGAUUAAUACGAUAAUUGGGUACUUAUCAUCGCGAUACGAGUCUAAUUAUGCUUAUCAAGUUGAUCAUGAGAUGGUUUAUAAUCCAAUUAAGUUGGAGUUUUUGCCUAUGAUUUUUCAAGAUUUGGCUAAUGAAAGACUUAUAAGAAUGGGUGAUAGGUCCCUUCUUGUUAGCAAUGGCAAUGAUGAAGAAAUUAAUAAUUCUCAAGUUGUUAAAGAUUAUAAUCCUGAUUUGAUUUCAUUUUCAGAUUCUACACAACAAAAUCUUGUCCCUAAUGAAACUUUUGAUUUUGUUUUGGCCUAUGGUUAUCCUCAAUUAUCAAAUUUUAUUGAAAGAGCUUUGAAAGUUGGUGGUAUUCUAGUUGUACCACUAAGUGACAAUCCUUUGGUUGAUGAAUUUCCACAUCCAUCAAAUUUCAAGAUUGUCUAUGUUAGAAAAUUUGAUUCAACUGUUGUAGCCAUGAAGAAAAUAAAGAAUGCCUCUAUCAACUCUUCUACGCGGCGACUUCUUGAAACUAAUACAGAAAAGGUGUCUGGUUCGAGCUCUGGGAACAGAAAGGUUUUUGAUAAGGAACAUUUGACUUCCCUUAGUCAGUCUGCUCAGCGUGAAUCUGAAUUAGUCAGGUCAGAUGAUUUUACAAGUGCGAAAAAGGCAGCACUAAAGAAACUAGAAGAUGUACUACUUGAACCACCAAGAGCAGCAUCAGGAAAAUCUAGUAGAUAUUUAAAAAAGACACAUUUUUUACCUGAUUUAAUGGGAGUUUCCCUUGAGAGUUACCCAAGAAGGGUGUUCAUUGAUGUUGGUUUACAAGAAAAGAAUGAAAAAUCAACUGAUAAUUAUCAUUCUACUUGGUUUACAAAGCAUUAUCCUACAAGAAACACAAAAUUUGAGAUGUUCAAGAUUGAGACUAUGAAUGAAGAAUCAAGUGGAAAAGAGAUACCAUUGAGUACUAUUAACAUGUCUGAUUGGUUACAAAAAAAUGUAAAUGAAAAUGAGUAUGUGGUAAUGAAGGCAGAGGCUGAUGUGGUUGAAGAAAUGGUGAACAAUAAAAGUGUUAAGUUAAUUGAUGAACUUUUCUUGGAAUGUAAACAUCAAGGAAUUAAAAAAAGUGAUAAGAAAAAUAGGAGGGCAUAUUGGGAAUGUUUAUCAUUGUAUGGAUUGUUGAGAGAUGAAGGUGUUGCUGUGCACCAAUGGUGGGGUUGA